AACCGAGAGGGGCACUCUGGAGUUGGCGGAAGCUUUCCCGGCGCCGCGGCGACUCUGAUCCGGGCAAAAGCCUGGGGAAUAAUCCAGAAAGAGGCGUUUGGAUCGAGGUUUCCUGCUGUCUGGCGUUGGACCCUCCACCGGCCUGCUGCCUUCCGUUGUCUUCACUGCUAAAGCUGCCAUUGCAGAAGCAGAGGCUAACAUUAGCCCUCAAUUUAUAGUUCACCGCCUCUGGCUGCCCCCACUGGAAAUUAAUAGCUGCUAUUAUCAUCUGUUUGAGGUUGAGUUGAUCAGUAGGGGCUGCAGUCACAACACUGUUGAAGGUGCUGAACACCCAUCAGCUUUAAUAUGGAGCGCAGCUGGAGCGGUAGUGAGAGUCCAGGAGAGGACAUGGACAGACUAAGUGACUCGGGAGGAGACAAGACCAUGGAUGGAGACCCCGAGGGGGUCUGGAGCCCAGACAUCGAGCAGAGCUUCCAGGAGGCCCUGGCCAUCUACCCUCCCUGUGGGAGGAGGAAGAUCAUCCUCUCAGAUGAAGGAAAGAUGUACGGACGAAAUGAGCUGAUAGCCAGAUACAUCAAACUGCGAACAGGCAAGACGCGGACGAGGAAGCAGGUAUCCAGUCAUAUCCAGGUUUUGGCCAGAAGAAAAUCCCGGGAGUUUCAGUCCAAACUGAAGGACCAGAAUGCCAAGGAGAAGGCUCUGCAGAGCAUCUCGUCCAUGUCCUCGGCUCAGAUCGUCUCUGCCACGGCCAUACACAGCAAGCUGCUGCCUGGAAUCGUACGCGCCGGCUUCCCGGGCAACGCACAGCUGUGGCAGGGCAUGAUUCCUGGAGGACAGUCCAGCUCCGCCACAGAAGACAUCAAGCCGUUCUCCCAGCAGGCCUUCUCUGUGCAGACAGCAGGGACCACCAACAUCUCAGCAUAUGAGCCUCCUGCUGCAGCACAAACACACCGAGAACCGGCGUGGCAGGGUCGCUCCAUCGGCACCACCAAACUACGGCUGGUUGAGUUUUCAUCGUUUCUGGAGACGCAGAGGGACCAGGAGGCAUACAACAAGCACUUGUUCGUGCACAUCAGCCAGAGCAGCCCGAGCUACAGCGACCCACUCCUGGAGUGUGUGGACAUCCGGCAGAUCUACGACAAGUUCCCGGAGAAGAAAGGAGGCCUGAAGGAGCUGUUCAGCAAGGGCCCGCAGAACGCCUUCUACCUGAUCAAGUUCUGGGCGGACCUGAACUACAACGUGCAGGACGACCCAGCGGCCUUCUACGGUGUGACCAGCCAGUACGAGAGCUCCGAGAACAUGACCAUCACCUGCUCCACCAAAGUCUGCUCCUUCGGCAAGCAGGUCGUGGAGAAGGUGGAGACGGAGUACGCCCGCUUUGAAAACGGACGCUUCGUCUACAGAAUCAGUCGCUCUCCCAUGUGUGAAUACAUGAUCAACUUCAUCCACAAGCUGAAGCACCUGCCGGAGAAGUACAUGAUGAACAGCGUUCUGGAGAACUUCACUAUUCUGCUGGUGGUGAGCAACAGAGACACUCAGGAGACGCUGCUCUGCAUGGCCUGCGUGUUCGAGGUGUCCAACAACGAGCACGGAGCGCAGCACCACAUCUACCGGCUCGUCAAGGAAUAGCGGCCGCUCCGGUUCUGGCCUUUUCCUGCCGAUCCGGCCCCGUCGGAGGAACACUGUUCUGAGGGAAAUCCACAACACUCUGAGUCAGCGGGACGAGCGACUGAGGACAUGGCUACACUUCCACUGCUGGCUCUGGAGGAAACAGGAUCACUGUGACUUUACAGCCCAAACGGGUGUGCUCAUAAAUGAUAACUCCAAACUGACGGUCGGGAGCUCAUUAGCUGUGAGAGCGGCCCAGUGAGAGUGCAGCCAUGGAAACCCGUCAGAACCCAGCUGGGUGGUUUUCCCAGGAAUGUCCAGACUUUCCUGUUGCCAGGAGAUCUCUCGUCUCCGGCUAAUUGGUUCCUUCCUGUCUGUGCGCCUCGCCUCUGCCGUGCUGAUGAAAAUGAGAGUGAUAUUUCUGUUGGGAAAAUGCAGCUCCUCUGGCCCCCCAGUGGGGAAACCCACCGAAGGUCAGACCCGGUGUGCCGUCAGUAACCGGAGGACGUUCCCGUGAUCCAGAAGGGCGUCUGCACAGAAGGGCGGCGAGAACGCUGCGGCGGCUCGCACAGAGAGAGGAGGCUCGUCCCAAAGAAAACAAAUCAGACUUUUAGGUUUUUAAACUUCUAAUCUUUGGGAAAUUCUUUAUGAAUAGAAGCAUAUAGACUAUAUUUCGAGUCCAGGAUUCCUAUCUAAAAUCUAUGAGAAAUAACCAAUAAAUUCAGGUACCUUUCUGAGCAACAGGUGGUUCAGCAGAGAAAAAAGAGAUGUUCUGAUCUGAACCCUGUAGAAAAGCACUGUGAACUCAAACAUACUCAGUUGCUGGUUCUGACCCAGAUCCCCCGGCCGUGGAACCGGCCGAGCCUUAGCGCGUCCGUGCUGCCAAAACCCUUCAAGCCUGAAAUGCUGCUCCAGCUCCUGCAGUCUCCUUCAGCUCCAUCAGAAACCAAAACGCUCCUGUUGGAGUGGCGGUGAGCCUGCGUCCCGCUCCGCGCAGGAAGUGCCUUUGGCGGCCACCAGCAGCAGACUGCUCUGUUGGGCUGCAGUGCCGGUGGUUCUGUGUUGUACGUGCGUAGAGCUUUUAGUGGCUUUGACUCCGUUUUCCGUGUUUCAGUGCAGAUUUCAUAUUUAGUGGUUGUUUUUUCUUGUUGACGCUCGGCACCAAAAAAAUCCUGGAAACUCUGUUUCUUUUGCUGACCUGGAGGGUUUUAUCGCCACAAAGAGCUGCGUGUUUGAUGUCGUCCGCUGCCUCAUCGUAGCGCUGCCGUUCUUACAAAUGUGUGUUGGAAAAGCAGGAUCUGUGUCGGGCCUGACCUUUGCAAAGGUUAAAGGAGGGCGGAGCUACUGUCAUGUCCGCAUUGAGCUCAAAGUGAAGCCAAGAGGAUUUGCUGAUUCUGAAUUCUCUGCAAAGCUUCAACAAGAGAAUUUUCAGAAAAUGUAAAAACUUUAUUGGCAUAUUUCUAUCUGAGUUUUAUGCUUCUUGUUUAACCUUUUCGUUCAUUAAGUAUUUUUAAAUUCACAAAAAUCCUUUCUAAAUGUCUAAAAUCAGAGGCUUUCCUGGCAAAGGAGUAUUUUCAAUGUUUGUCUGUAUUUAAAAAACAGAACGUUUUCACAGUCAGCUGUGGGAUCAAUAACAGUUGCUUACAUAAACACUUUCAUUUUGUGGUGACAGACUUGAAGGAGGUUUUAAAUUGAACUGCAUUUAAACGUUACCGUUUGUCCAAAUUGUAGAAAAAGCCUUCGGCUGAGUUUGCAGCUUCAGGGGUGUUUUUGCCGUUUGCUCUGCAGACGUGACAGUGGCGUGACGGCUCUGUGCAGGAAACACAUGCAGCUCAGGACAAACACGCUGAGGCAUCCAGAGAAAAGACGCUCACACUCCUGCUAAGUUACUCUGCAAAACAAAGAGUCCGAACUGGCAGGGUUCUGCUUCUGACCCGCUGCCGUGUCUGAGAAAACCUGAGAGAUAAAAGGACUUUAGUUCAUUCUGGCUUUAACAACACGACCAGCAUCCCCCGAAACGCCAUGUAGCACAUGGACGAGAAGGUCACAGACAACCUGGAAGCUGCAUCCGUGACCCGUCCGGACGUCAUCUCCACCGGCUUACCAAAGACAGUGGACACCCGUAACCAUGGCAACGAGCAGACUGAAGCAGCCCGGAGCUCUCCAUCCCUUCUGAACGUGGUCUUGUGUUUGUUGGAAGUCACUCUGUAAUCGUCCCAGAAUGGCCUUGAAUCUUCUCGCUCCUGCCCGAGCGCCGAGGGUUUCCACGAGGUGCUUUGUAUAAAAGUGACAAUAACCUUUAUUACAGAUGUUGUGUAUAUCUUUAAUAUUCGAAUGUUUAUCCUAUUUUGUGAAGAAGAGAGUGUUUAGUAAACCCAGACGCCAGUAACGUUGGUUCAGCACAGGGUCUGAUCUUGCUUUCUAACCCUUCCCCCCAAUAUGGCUAAAAGUAUGUUAGAUAUUUUCUAGCUUUGUAGGGACUUUGUACGCAUAUAUGCUAUUCAGUUUAAAUAAAUGGUCAGUUCUAAACUGUG